GUUUGCUGUCAAAUUAGCAUAUAACUCCAACAUUCAAACUUAAGGCACCAGCAUUUCAAGACACCACUCUCUUCUCUUUCUUAUUCACUUUCUUUCCUUCUUCCUUCUUUCUCUCUCCCGCCUCUGUAAGUCGUCGAAUUCUCUCCACCGUCCGAUGUUCUUACUUUGACUCCUCCUCCGCCAAAACCCUAAAUUCAACGAUGGGACAUUGUUGCAGCAAGAACGUCUCGGUGGCCGACAACGAACCCACCGGCCGCCAACAGUCAAAACAUUCGCCAGUCGCCCCGGUGCCACCGAGCCCCAGCACCACCGAUGUUCACUCCGGCAAAGAAACUCCGGCGAACUCUUUCUCGGCGAGUCCGCUGCAGAGCCCACUACCCGCCGGAAUAGCUCCGUCUCCGGCGAGGACGCCGGGAAGGAAAUUCCGGUGGCCCUUGCCUCCACCGUCACCGGCGAAGCCGAUUAUGGCGGCACUUCGAAGGCGACAGGGGCGUGAGGCGAAGCCAAAGGACGGGCCGAUACCGGAGGAGCAUCAAGGAGACCAAGUCGAGGCUGAUAGAGCACUAGACAAAAGCUUCGGGUAUGGGAAGAACUUUGGGGCAAAGUUUGAGCUGGGGAAGGAGGUGGGUCGAGGGCAUUUUGGUCACACUUGCUGGGCCAAGGGCAAGAAGGGACAGCUCAAGGGACAGCCUGUCGCGGUCAAGAUCAUAGCCAAAGCGAAGAUGACAACAGCAAUAGCUAUUGAAGAUGUUCGUAGAGAGGUGAAAAUACUGAAAGCAUUAUCUGGACAUAAGAAUCUGGUCAGAUUUUACGAUGCAUUUGAGGAUGCCAAUAAUGUCUACAUAGUCAUGGAGUUGUGUGAAGGUGGAGAACUACUGGAUAAAAUUUUGUCAAGGGGUGGAAGAUAUACAGAAGGAGAUGCUAAGACUAUUGUUGUGCAAAUUUUAAGUGUAACAGCCUUCUGUCAUCUUCAAGGUGUUGUGCACCGUGAUCUAAAGCCAGAGAACUUUCUUUUUACCACAAGAAAUGAGGAUGCUCCAAUGAAGGUUAUUGAUUUUGGUCUCUCUGAUUUUAUUAGGCCCGAUCAACGCCUCAAUGAUAUUGUUGGAAGUGCAUACUAUGUUGCACCUGAAGUGUUACAUAGAUCUUACAGUCUUGAAGCUGAUAUGUGGAGUAUUGGUGUCAUAACGUAUAUACUGCUUUGUGGAAGUAGACCUUUCUGGGCACGAACUGAAUCAGGAAUAUUUCGUUCAGUGCUAAGAGCUGAUCCUAACUUUAAUGAUACACCUUGGCCUGCAGUGUCCUCAGAAGCCAAAGAUUUUCUGAAAAGGCUUUUGAACAAGGACCACAGAAAAAGAAUGACUGCCGCCCAAGCUUUAACUCACCCAUGGUUACGGGAUGAAAAACAUGAUGUGCCUUUAGAUAUAUUAAUCUACAAGUUGGUUAAGUCAUAUGUUCGUGCCACACCUUUCAAGCAUGCAGCACUAAAGGCUCUUUCCAAGGCUAUAACAGAAGAUGAGCUCUACUAUCUUAGGGCUCAAUUUAGGCUCUUGGAUCCUAAACAUGGAUAUGUGUCCCUUGAUAAUUUCAGAACGGCCCUCAUGAGAAAUUCAACUGAUGCCAUGAAGGAGUCAAGGGUUCAUGACAUUAUAAAUGUGAUGGAACCACUCUCGCACAAGAAAUUGGACUUCGAAGAGUUUUGCGUUGCUGCAAUAAGUACAUAUCAGCUAGAAGCUCAUGAAGGAUGGGAGAAGAUUGCAAGUACGGCUUUUGAGUAUUUUGAAAAUGAAGGAAACCGGGUCAUCUCUGUGGAGGAGUUGGCACAGGAAAUGAAUCUGGGGCCUACCUCUUACCCUUUACUCAAUGACUGGAUCCGAACUUCAGAUGGAAAACUUACCUUCCUUGGAUACACCAAAUUUUUGCAUGGUGUAACAGUACGUAGUUCCAAUACUAGACAGCGGUAAAUGUAAGCAGGGAUAUAUAAUUUUUCACCAAUUUUUUACUGAAAGUGUUUUUCCAAUUUUUUAUAAACCUCGUCAUCCCUUUGGAGAGUGAAGGUGAAAGUUGAGUGUGAGGUUGAGAUUGAAGAGAUAUGGGUCGAUGCCAAUAGUUUGUUAGAAUUUAUGCAAAAGAGUUGCUCAAGAGAAGACCCUUGAAAACACAUGAAGAUAUUUGUAAAAAUAAUGCAUGAUACUGUACCAGUUGUGACUUUUGUUGAGAUCCUUGAGGCAAAAUAGAAACCAAGAAAGUUUCUGCAUUUA